AUGUCUCUUGAACUGACUGCUUGGGAUCCUCUUGGGAGGCCACACACUCUGCAGAAUGAUCCCACCUGUGGGGUUUGGGUGUCUCAGACUCUGGAUGGAUCCAGGACAGUUGAUGCCUCCUAUGAUGGCUGUUACGUAUAUGAAUGGAAUGGCAGUUACCUGAUGGCGGUUAGGAUUGAAGGGACAGAUGCAGAUGGGCACAGGGCCCUACAUGAAGAGAAAGUUCUCCGGUGCCCUGCUGUUUGGCCAGCCCUCGAUGCUCCAAGCCCCAGUGUCUGUGGUGCCGUCCAGAGCCAGGACAGACUGCCCUGCACCUCUCUGCCUGUGUCACAAGGGGAAUGUGAAGCCAGAGGCUGUUGCUACAAUCCUACUGAUAGGCUGAAGCCUUGUUACUAUGGCAACACAGUGACAGCACAAUGCACUCCUGAUGGCCAGUUCUCUAUUGUGGUUUCUCGGGAUGUGACUCUGCCAUCCUUGAUCCUGGACUCAGUGCAUCUGGCCAGUGGAAGCAGUGCUGGCUGCGUCCCUGUGGCAAAGAAUGAUGCCUUUGUCCUGUUCCAGUUUCCACUUUCUGCCUGUGGCACUACUUUCCAGGUGGAUGGCAACCAGGGUGUGUAUGAAAAUGAACUGGUAGCAGACCAGGAUUUGAGACUCUGGAAUAGAGGCACCAUUACCAGAGACAGCCCCUUCAGGUUGCACAUCCGCUGUAGCUAUUCUACUAGUGGCAACUUCCUCCCUGUGAGCAUCCAGGUCUUCACGCUGCCACCACCCCUUGCUGUGUCCCAGCCUGGCCCCCUCUCACUGGAGCUGCGCAUUGCCACAGACCAGGGUUAUGGCUCCUACUAUGCAGACAGAGAUUACCCUGUGGUGAAGGUCCUCCGUGACCCCAUCUACGUGGAGGUCCGGAUACUGCAGAAAACUGACCCAAACCUGGUGCUUGUUCUCCACCAGUGCUGGGCCACUCCCAGCGCCAAUCCUCAGCAGCAGCCACAGUGGCCCCUCUUGGUGGAUGGGUGCCCCUAUGCAGGAGACAACUACCAAACCCAGCCAGUGCCUGUAGGAGCUGCGUCAGGGUUGCAGUUCCCAUCUCAUUACCAGCGCUUCAUCAUCAGCACCUUCACCUUCGUGGACUCUGCUUCCCAGCAGAUGUUUACAGGCCCAGUGUAUCUGCACUGCAGUGCCUCAGUAUGCCAGCGCUCCCUGCUAGAAUCCUGCACCUCCACCUGCACUGCUGCAUCCCGGGGCAGAAGGAGCUCUGAGGAGCACCCUCUGGAUGGCCUCUCAAUCACCAGCAGGGGGCCUGUGAUCCUGCUCCAGGACAGGCCAAAGAGAGAAGCUGCCAUGGAUGGACUGGCAGGCUUGUUUCUGAACACUAGAGCAUCCUGGACUCUAGUCUGGGCCAGUGGAGCACUGCUGGGGGCUGUAUGCCUGUCACUCCUGACUGCUGCAUGUUGGAGAUUGAGGAGAAACUUGGCUUGAGAAUCUAGUGUCAAGAAUAAUAAAAAAGCAUUCCUAGCCCUAGGUCUCUGGCUCUUC